GACGAGCAAGUUCAGUUAAUGUCUAUCGAGAUUCUUUUUCGCUGACACGAUACAAUUAUAUUCAUAUAAAAGGGGAAGUCUCGCGAGAAGUGUCACAUUCUGGUGUUCUACGGCUUACAGUAUGUGGCUACCUCUGGCACUCUUAAUUCUAGUUGGAACAGUUUCAGCCGAGUUCGAACAUGGUUGGAAGGCUGGCAACGAGUAUACCUACCUGGUACGAAGUCGCACGCUGACUGGACUCCAUAAACUGUCCGAUCAGUACACGGGUAUCCUGCUGAAGGCGCUGCUCACCGUCCAAGCGAAGGACGAUAACAUUUUGGGCGCUGUGGUGUCCAAGUGUCAAUAUGCGCGCAUCCACAAGAGGUUGCCAAACGGUUGGGACUCGGAGAUCUCCGACAACAUGUUGGAGCUCCGCGACCUCCCCAUGUCUGGCAAGCCCUUCGAGAUGAAGAUCAAGCACGGGGUGAUCAGAGACCUGAUCGUUGAGAAAGACACCCCGACCUGGGAGGUGAACAUGCUGAAGAGCAUCGUCAGCCAGCUCCAGGUGGACACUCAGGGCGAGAACGCCAUCAGAAGCAAGAGCGUCCAAGUGCCCACGGACGAGGAACCCUACGGCAUGUUUCGUGCCAUAGAGGACACCGUCGGUGGCAAAUGCGAGGUUCACUACGACAUCACGCCACUGCCGGAGCACAUGCGUCACGUCAAGCCUGAAUUGGUCCCGUUGCCCAAAUUGAAGGGCGACGGACUGCUCAUCGACAUCAUGAAGACCAGGAACUUUAGCAGGUGCGACCAGAGGGUGGACUACCACUUUGGCAUCACUGGCGCGACAAAGUGGGAGCCUGGCUCCAACAACAACGGAAGAUUCCUCACGAAAUCUUCCACGAGCAGAGUGAUCAUCUCUGGUAACCUGAAACGGUUCACCAUCCAAUCGUCAGUGACCACCAGCCAGCUGUUAGUCAGUCCUCGCUUCUACGACAACCAAAACGGCAUCGUGGUCAGCGUAAUGAACCUGACCAUCGCGAACAUGGAAAGAAUGAAGAACCCUUUGCCUUCACCGCGCCUUCGUGAGUCCACUGGCAACCUCGUCUACGUGUACAACAAUCCGUUCUCCGAGAACGAGGAACGCAGAUCCAACAAGCGAGUGGAGGCCCUCAACUCGAAUCAGAUCCUGACCUCCGACAGUAUAGACGCCGUCAGUUCCAGCGAGGAGACGCUCAAGAAGGGCGAGCACCUUCGUCGCCGCGGAUCGAAAUCGUCCAGCGCCUCUAGCAGCUCCAUCUCCAGCAGCGAGGAGCACGAAUUCUGGCAGCCCAAGCCCACGCUUGAGGACGCGCCUCGCAAUCCUUUCCUGCCCAACUUCGUCGGCUACAACGGCAAGGUGAUCGACAAAUCCGACGAAAUCAACAUGAUCAAGGCAGCCAAGGACCUCGUCGCUCAAAUGUCCAUCGAGCUCGAAGAGCCCAGCGAGAUCCCCAAUCACGAGACCCUUGCCAAGUUCACGAUCCUCAGCGAUCUGAUUCGCACCAUGAGCAGGAAGCAACUGAAGGAGGUCGAGAAGGACAUCCACAUGCCGACCAACGAGCUGAAAUCGCACGACAAGAGCCAGGCCAUCAAGAUGAACGCCUGGACUGUGUUAAGGGACGCGGUUACCCAAGCUGGAACUGGGCCAGCUCUGCUGACCAUCAAGGACUGGAUCAUCGAGAGGGACUUGGGUGGCAUGGAGGCUGCCAAUCUCCUCUCGAAACUACCAACCACUGCUCGCACACCCACCGACGAAUACAUCAAAGUCUUGCUGGAACUGGCCACCAACCCCAAAGUGAAGAACGAGAGGUUCCUGAACACCACGGCCAUCCUGGUGUUCGCUGACUUGGUACGUCUCGCCCAAGUGAACGGCAUGACCAUCCACAAUCGUUACCCAGUGCACACCUUCGGUCGUCUCACCUCCAAACACGACACGGUAGUCGUGGAGAAGUACAUCCCGUAUCUGGCUCGUGAGCUGACCAAAGCUAUCAAGGACGGCGACAGCCCACGCAUUCAGACCUACAUCGUAGCUUUAGGCAAAAUCGGACACCCCAGGGUACUCUCCAUCUUCGAGCCCUACCUAGAGGGCAAGGAAACGAUCACAGUCUUCCAGAGGACGUUGAUGGUGUCCUCCUUGAGCAAAAUGACCAUGAUGUUCCCAAAACUGACUCGUCCGAUUUUCUACAAGAUCUACCUGAACACCAUGGAGGCUCACGAAGUUCGUUGCAUAGCCGUGUUCCUCUUGAUGAAGACCAACCCUCCGUUCAGCAUGCUGCAGAGAAUGGCCGAUUUCACUAAUUAUGACACUAGCAAGCACGUCAACUCCGCUGUAAAAUCCAGCAUCAUAAGUCUCGCGGGGCUAACCAUCCCUGGCAGCGAGGACCUGGCCUACAAGGCUCGUUCCGUCAUGAACAUGCUCAAUCCUGAAGAUUACAGCUACCUAUACUCUCACAGUACCAUCUUCGACAAGGUCGCGGAAGAUCAGAACCAGUUCCACCGCAUCAUCUUGAAGUACAUCGGCAGCGAGGACAGCAUCACACCGCGUUCAAUUUACUACGGACUUUUCUCCUCGUACGGCGGCUUCAAGACACCUCCGACCGAGGUAGUAGGAAUGAUAUCCAGCAUGAAACCUAUUUUCCGUAUGUUGUUCGAUGUCAAAGACGACAAGAGUAACGAGAAACUGAAGACGGAGAAACUCGCAGAAGAGCUGAACAUCAUGCCUGAAGAGCCGAUUCCACUGGAAGGAAACAUUUUAAUCAACAGCAAAUUCGGCUCGGGCUUCUUGCCUUUCAACAAGCCGGAACUCAUCAAGAUGUUCACCGCGUUCUCAAACAAUGUGGUACAAACCAAUGGAGAUUACAAAAGUUGGAGCGAGUUUGCAUCGUACGACGUGACCCUCAGCUUCCCUACGGAGACUGGUCUGCCCUUCGUGUUCACCUUCAACAUCCCAACGCUGUGGAAGUGCAGCGGCAAGGACACGAUUCAAAUGAACCAGGGUCUGAACUUGGACGUGGAAUCCGACGUCCGUCUGCUCUUCUCGUCCAAGAUCCAAGGAAGAAUCGGUUUUGUCACACCGUUCGAGCACGAGCACUUCGUUUCUGGCGUGGACGUUAACCUCCAAACCUACGCGCCCAUCAAGGUCAAGUUGGGAGUCGACGUGGAGAAGAAGAACCUGCAAAUGAAGAUCUGGCCCCUGAAGGGCGAGGAAAAGGCACGGUUGGUGCACUACAGCGUCGUUCCGUACACCUCCAGCCACGACAUUUUCAGUCUACGUCCUCUGCUCACGGAGAAGAAUACUCAGAUUGUGCACAGCGGCGAGACAGUAAUCGUGUCCAAGCUUGUCCCAACGGAGAACAUCGAACCUUUCAGAGUGAGCCUGGAAACUGAUAAGACGGUUCCCAAGCUCUUGGACCGGUUCUGGUCUCUCGAUGGUGGGGUUAGCUUAGGGUUCCCCUGGACGGUCGUCAAUGACGUCUUCUGCAAAACUGAUCUGUUCAUGAAUCUAAAACACGAGCUGAAGGAGCCGAUGAUCUUCACCGUGGCCUUGGACACGUUGAACAUUAAACCUGGUUCAGAGGAUCUCAGACAAUGGACCCCCAUCGCUACCACCGUGGAACCAUCCGACAAGAAGGCAGACAGCGUAGACCGUAGGAAACAGUUCCUGAGGGAGGUGAGCAAAGGUGUGAAGGCAGCCAAGGCGACAGUGGUAGACCUGCAGCUGCGACUACCGGGUGAUCUCGAGUCUGACAACGUCGUCACCAUCGCCUGGACAGACAGCGCCGCCGACAACAAGGAACGAUCCCUCUUCUACUGGCACACCAAGGUGCCCAGCCUGGACAUGCAGUACGAAGUCUGCGCGGCUGCUCAGACUGUCUCCACUAGCAAUAUCCUCCCGUCCUACGAACACGUCAUGAUGACCAUCCCCAAGAAGGAAUUCGACAUCGCCGUUCGUUACGGAAAGACUUGCUCCGAGAACAAGGAGAUCAACAUCCAAGGCAAGCUCACCCAGAGCACAGAGAUGAAAGAGAAGGUCAAGACGUCCGCCAUAGUCAAGGAGUGCCAGGGACAGAUGAAGCACGGCAACAAGAUCCUCAAAGCCUGCCAGAAGGCUGCCAGUCUCGCCAUGCUGUUGGACGAGGUCGACGUUUCGCUGGACAUACCAGACAAAUCUCUUUUGGAGCUUGCCGAAACGGCCGUAGGACUCGUCGCUGUUAGUGACUACGUCGACAGUCGCAUAGCUGUCGUAAAGCCGCAGAACGCUGGCAAGAAGAAGAUCGACAUCAAAGCCAGGCUCUCGAACAAUCUCCAAUCUGCUGACGUGUUGGUGGAGACUUCCAGUAUGGACGCGAUGUUCAAUAAAAUAGACUUGAGUCCGAUGCAAAUCACCAGUGAAGACCUUGAGUCUGCCAACGGGAAUCUUAACGAAAUGAUUGACCACGGUGGACUGGACCCAUCCUGUACCUUGGACAAAACGCGAGUGGAGACCUUUGACGGCAGGGAUUACCCUAUGAGACUCGGCAACUGCUGGCACGUGGUGAUGACCACCUUCCCGACACUCAACCCUGUCGACCACAGCGAGAAACUUCGUAUUCCCAAAGAAAUGAGCGUGACCAUCCUCGCCAGAGAGACGGAAGACGGACGCAAGGCGAUCAAGAUUCUCCUCGGCAACCAAGAGAUCCUGCUUCUGCCAGGUGAUUCCCAGCCCAAGGUCAAGCUGAACGACAAAGACAUCGAAGUCACCAAGGAUAAAAGCUACCAAGAAAGACGGAACGAUGAGAUCAUCUUCGAAAUCUUCAGACUCGCUGACGACUCCAUUGGCGUCACCUCUGAUGAACACGACAUUUACCUUGUCUAUGAUGGACAACGCAUGUCGAUGAAGGCAUGGGUCAUGUACCGCAACUCUAUCCGCGGUCUCUGCGGCAACUACGACGGCGACGCCACGAACGACUUCUGGGCCCCGAAGAACUGCAUCAUGAGGAGACCAGAGGAGUUCGUUGCUGCCUACGCCCUGACCAAGGACCAAUGCGAGGGUGAAGCCCUGGAGAUGGCCAAGAAAGUCCAUAAAUUCGAGUGCAUGCGUCAGGUGAGGAACCGCCCGAGCAACGUCAUCAGCGACGUCGACGCUGGAAGGACGAACGAGGAGAUCCAGAAGUGGGGCUACCACAAGGAGCUACAGUCCACCAACAAACGUUGCAACGUCCACAGGACCAAGGUGAUCGAGAUGGACGACAAGAUCUGCUUCUCGAUACGACCAAUCGCCGAAUGCUCAGCUUCCUGCACCGCCACCGAGACCAAGUCGAAGAACUACCAAUUCCACUGCAUGGAGAGGAACGAGGCGUCCCUGAGCAUGCAGAAGAGGGUCGAGAAGGGCGCGAACCCUGACCUCAGUCAGAAACCAGUCUCCAUGACGAAAGCAGUCAAUACUCCUCUUGCGUGCGAGGCGUGAUGCGUGCAUAACUGACACUGUUAAACGGAGACGUCUGUAUCCAGUACCCGCUAUUUUAUUUGUACAUAAGAUACGACGCGAUAUGUAUUAAUAAAAUAUACCGUUUCCAGUA